AGUCUUUGUGUUUACUUGCACAGAAUCCAACUGUAUAAAAAGGGCAAUCCACUCAACUUUUUUAAGCUUAAGAAUCUCAUGAAAACAUAAGGGGAAAACAGUAUAUUUCAACUCUUGUAAAGAAGCUCAAGAAUCCUCCCAUUUUUAGCGAAGGGAUAUGGAAGACCAAUUGAGUCCACUCAGCUGGGGAUUUUGCUAUAAUGAAGAGGAUAUAAAGCAUACCCUUUUGUUCACAACUUUGGAGCUAGAGAAUACACUGAUAUCAGCUAAAGAGGAGAUUACAAAGAGAGACAUGGAAUUGCUUCAAAUCAAAGAUGUUCUGAGCAAGACGAUGAAAGAGAGAGAUGAAGCUCGACGUCGAUGCCAGACGCUAAUGCUGGAGAAAUUCGUGCUCGAGCAACAAUUGAAGCGCAAUGAGCAUCAAGGACAAGUGCAGCAUGAAACUGCUUCACUUUCUGGUGUUUCUAACAGUGAUGAUGAGUCCAGCAUGAGCUUAGUUUCAACACCGGGUUCCGACUCAUUGCCGGAAUCGUCUCCUCUUCCCCAAAAGGCCUUGAAAUUGGCUACUAAUAGGCAGCUACCGGAGAAAGGGAGGCUCCUGCAGGCUGUGAAGGAUGCCGGUCCCCUCCUGCAGAACCUUCUUUUGGCUGGACCGCUUCCUCAGUGGCAGCAUCCGCCGCCUCAGCUUACCUCCAUCGAGAUUCCUCCGGUGGCUAUUCCUUCCCCUAAACAGCAAUUCGUAAAACAAGAGGCUUUGAACGAUGUUAAUGGUUGUUUAAGCAAGAAGAGGAGUCCAGAGAACUAUGAAGACCUUGAAUCUUCUCCCAACUCCAAGUACCACAGGGAUGAUCUUCAUUGAAGGUCAAAUUAUGAUUCUAGUCCCUCUACUAUACUAAUUUGACAUUAUUUGAUUUCAUUAGUUAAUCCAAAUAGUUAAACACCAUUAACAAAUAACUACUCCGGUUAAAACAAUGACGGUAACUUUUUCUUAAUAACACCCUUCCGAAUACAAGAAAAGAAUAUCAUAUCAAUAUGAUAAAUUCGAGGUGUUAUUUUCAAGAAAAUUGCAUGUCAACAUUUUAACCAGAAUAGUUACGAGGUUAAUUGUUUCGAUUGACUAAUGAUUUUAUAAAAACAGAAAGAUCAAAUGAUGUUAAAUUAAAGUAUACGGACUAAAUCAUAACUCUAACCGUAACAGAAGCACUAAAACUAUAAUUUGACACUGCAACACAAUUACCCAAUGCCAUCCCUUAAUUUGGAAGACCAGUCUUUGUCUUAGGAAUCAAAUGUCCUAACUACCCACCACCAAUGUACUUCAACGGAGGCUUAGAAUGUUAGAGUUAAUGUCUCUAGUUUAUGCAUGACUUUCCCAAUUAUGUAUAUUAAUGGGACUGGACAAAGGGUUCCAAAAUUCCCAAA